AUGAGAGUUAGUCUCGCCGCUUUGGCUGUUCUGACAAACGCAUUGCCAACUGUUACCGGCAACAAUGAUAAGCUCGUCUCGGAUUGGGGUUUGCUUUCAAAUUCGAACAUCCCGGUCCGAAGGCAGCUCGAGACACUCCGCAUUCCGCCACGAUUCGGUGAAGCCUGGAGCAAGGCGCUUGGGAAUCAUAAGUCUCGUGUCCUAAAGAACAACGCCAAUAGGACCGAAAGUGUUGAAUGUGAUCCAACCGCAGGCGUAGAUGCUGAUAUCGGAAUUUUAGCUUGCGGUAGUACUGACCAGUACUAUUGCAUGGAAAGCAAGGAAUCGAAGCUUGGAGGCAUUUGUGUUGACGCUGGUCCCAUGACUGCCCGCAAUUUAUUUGCCGGUGGCUACUAUGUCGAUGCUGCAACCUACUACUGCACAACAAGUGGAAGUUGGACUCAGGAUCUCAAUUGCAACUGCUCGACCUUUGACAGCGAUUCUCGCACGGGGUCGGUCAAGUGCUCUCUUGCUGACAGUUAUUGCUUUCAAGAAACAUCAUGCGAGACCUGUGUUCACUUAUCUGCUGAAUUCAAAAUUGCUUCGGCAGACAGUUACGCCAUUGAUUGGUGCUACGAAUUCUUUCUUCCCUACGACCAAAAUGUUUGCGUCGAGUAUGCGCACCAACCAACCGACGCCUCUGGAUGCAGCAUUGAAUUCAACGGAGUCUCUUGUGACUCUUGCAACAUGUUGUACUACGACUAUAAAGAUCCGGAAUCGAACCAGACCUAUCAAGGAACCUGUGCCAACUUUAAUUGCGCCAAUACCGAAGGCAAUCAUUCGGGCAACUUGUGUGAAGAUCUGGUCAGCAUUCCAACCAUUUUAGAUCAAACCUGUGAUGAUGAGGAUGGUGAAGAGAAUGGUAAUGAAAACAGUGAUGAAGAUGGUGAUAUAGGAAAUAGCGUGGACCCAGUGAAUGAUGGUACGAACGUCAGUGCUGCCAAGGUUACAAUGCCGUUCCUCUCUUGGAUAAUGCUCGGAACGGCUGUUACAAUCGCUUUAGCUCAAGAUCUUGAUGUAUCCCAGCUUUUCGAUUUGGCAGGGUGA